AUGGACUCGGCGCCAGCCUUCGCCAUGGACAAGCCGUUCCCCCCCAGCGCCGUGCGCGGCCCGGAGCCGCCCGAAAAUCCUCAAAGCCGGAAAAACUUCAGCGUGAGCCACCUCCUCGACCUGGAGGAGGUGGCGGCCGGUAUGAACGGGACCCCCCCGGCCGGCCCCCCGCCCGCCGGUGGCGGCAAGGCCAUGCCGGAGCCGUCGGGAGGCAGCAGCGGCAGCGAGGCAGCGCCCCAGGACGGCGAGAGCCUGAGCCCAAGCCGUGGGGCAGCCAAGAGGAAGAAGAAGCAGAGGAGAAACCGCACCACCUUCAACAGCAGCCAGCUGCAGGCCCUGGAAAGGGUCUUCGAGAGGACGCACUACCCCGAUGCCUUUGUGCGGGAGGAGCUGGCAAGAAGGGUCAACCUCAGCGAGGCAAGAGUCCAGGUCUGGUUUCAGAACCGGAGGGCCAAGUUUCGCCGUAACGAGAGGGCAAUGCUGGCCAACAGAUCAGCAUCGCUCCUCAAAUCCUACAGCCAAGAAGCAGCCAUUGAGCAGCCCAUGGCUCCACGGCCCACCGCACUGACCCCGGAGUAUCUCUCCUGGACCAGCACCUCCCCGUACAGCACUGUGCCCUCCUACAGCUCCAGCGGGACCGCGACGCCCACCCAAGGGGUGAACAUGGCCAACAGCAUCGCCAGCCUGCGCCUCAAAGCCAAAGAGUUCAGCCUCCAUCAGAACCAGGUGCCGACCGUGAACUGACCAGGGCAAAGCCCACCCCGUGGCCUCAUCCAGGAUACAGCGUGGAGCUCCUGUGCUGGUCCAGGACAAAUCCGCUGCCUGCUCAACCUAUGUGCCACUCAUCCAAUGUCUCAGCACCUCUCCUCUCCUCUUCCCUUUUGAAGGUAGAGUCAGUCCCAGGCCGAAGUGGCACAUAAUUAUAGCCACAUAUGGAGCAAACUUGGUUAGAAACUUGCUUUUCCGCACACCCUUAUAAUAAAGGCUAUAUAUACACACACAUACCCCCCACGCGCUCUUCGAGGACAAACAGACUUGCCAAGGGAACAAGAAUUUGCUUCCAAACAUGGAAGGAACUUGGACUAUUGGAUUUGACCAAUUUGGGUAUCUCACCCAGAGAGCCAAAGAGUUAUUGGGUCUUCUCCUCCCGCAGGGACAACAUGCGGCGGUGGGAGGAUCACGAGCCCCCCUUUUCCCCGGGCUGUGACUCGCAGUGCUCAACCAUAUGUGCCGAAAUGGACCCAAGCGUUCGCCCCUCUGUGCAUCCCCAGCCGCAGUGCUUGGGAGAGACUUUGGGAAGCCGACGGCUCGUCCCUGCCCCAGCCAGCCCCCUGCACCGCGCUGCCUGCAUUUAGGAGCUGCCUAUGUCAAUGGCAUCAGGCUUUGUCUCUUCCCAGAGGGGCAAGGAGUGCUGGAGCAUCUCUACGGACUCGCUCGGAGCCUGUGAGGUCUCCCAUGAGCUGGGGGGAGCAUCUCCGGUCCCCAAACAGGCACCGCUGCCCUGCCUCGGUGGGUUUUGCCAGCAAUUCUGCAGAGCCCCAGGUCAUUGAACCGUCCCAGGGAAAGAGAAAAUUGGAAAAAGCUGUUGGGUUUCAGCUGAGUAGGCGGCUCCCAGCGCUUCAUGCCAACGGCAAAGCAGGCUUCGCCUUCCGGAGGCACAGCCUCCCCGUCGGCAGCUCCGCAGAUGUGUGCGGGGGUUUGGGCCUGGCGACUCCAUGGGGGUGGGCUUUUUUUGGUUUUGCAGAAAGGAAAUGGCUUCCCCCUCGUCCCAUCCUGCCGUGCAGCCUAAUGAGGUUGCAAGGUGGGACAUGCCGGGGGACGGACACAGGGUGGGCAAACUUGCCCCAGGCUAAUGCCACCCCGGUCCUUUGCCCGUGGGACUGAGCUGCAGAGAGACGCACCCACCACCUUCUCCUGCCAAUACUGCAGCAAUGGGGCAUGAGCCGAAGUGAUGGAGGUUUUACCCUGUGGAAAAAGCCCUCUAGAAGCCAGGCCACCCUUUCCUCAGCCACUGCAAAGAGCCAUCAGCCAAGCACAUGGAUGCCACCAGCUCAGAUGGGUGGCCUGGACGGAGAAGGCACCAGCCCUACCUGCCUAGAAGGGCUCAGCCCCGCUGAGGACUGUAGCAGUAGGUCUGAGGGUGAACACAGCAAUUGCUAAGGUGCUUCCUCCAGGUAAGCAACCUCCAGCAUGCGACACCAAGGCUGAAAAUGUCCCCAGCACUCCCAGGAGCAUCCUCUCCCUUUCCUACUGGGGCUGUCACUGCAGCCACACGUGGUACCCAGUGCUUGUGACACCAGGACCUUCAGCUUCAUCCCUGGCAGCACCUGCCCAGGGGAACUCACCCAGCACCGGAGACCUGAUGGGAGAACCGGGAGAGGAGCACGUGUCCUCUGGCUGGGGGUGAACCAGCCACUCCAGCCCCAGCUUUCCCUGCUCCACCCAAUGCAGCCCCUAAGUUGGGAACAGCCACCUCCUCCUCCUCAAGCAUGGUGGGCAGGGAGGGGGCACAGCCUGACCGACACUGCCCACCUCAUCCAGGGAGCAAACUCACCCUAAGCACCCACCCUGUGCCCCCCACCCCUUUUUCCAGGGCUGGCAUCCCCCCGACACACACACACAUUUGCCGUACCAGAAUGGGAGCACACAGCUCCCCAGACCGCAGCGAGACACCACGCAGAGACCUGACAAAAGCCAAGACGUGCCAGGCCAGGGGGAAGAGGGAUCCACUGCAGAUCGAAUCAUCCGCCAUGAGAAUUGGCACUUGGGGCAGGAGGAUGGGGCUGGGGGGGGUCUAUUCCCAUGGAAAGCACAGGGCUCUUUUUUCAGUUAUACAAGACGAAACCACAGGGAUAUAAAUGUCGCUGCCUCUUUGAGAGCAUUAAUGAAAAUAAACCCAUUUAAUAGUUUGCAGAUGCCGUUUCUGUAAACCUAAAAAAAGCAGGGAAUAAAUAUUUCUUCACUAAAUAUCUAUAUGUAUAUAUAUAUUUGAAAACAUUCGCUCCUCAUCUUAGGGCCCCUCCUUCGCCGUGCUCUUGGCAGCUUAUCGCGGCUUGUCAGUCAAUGCUGAAUCCUCACCGAGACGAGAUACAAAUUGCACCCGCGGAGGGGUAGCAGGACAGAGGGAUUAUUGUAAUCUAAGCUCCCUCUCGC